AUGGCGACUCCGUCCUCUACGAACAGCCAGGAACUGGCUCCCUACGUUGGCAGCCUCGAUACAUAUGAGUUCCCCGUACAUCGUCUGAAGCGAGUGAUGGACGAUCCAAGCAAGACACCUUUGGUAUUAGUCGCAGCUGGAAGUUUCAGUCCUCCAACCUAUCUACAUCUUCGAAUGCAAGAGAUGGCCGCAGAUUAUGCGAAAUUCAGUACAAACUUCGAGCUACUAGGAGGAUACCUCUCACCCGUGUCAGACGCAUAUAGGAAAGCAGGUUUGGCCAAUGCAGAGCAUCGUCUCGCCAUGUGUCAACUCGCUGUCGAUGAAUCCUCCGAUUGGUUAAUGAUUGAUCCCUGGGAGGCAUUGCACAAGGAAUAUCAGCCAACUGCCGUUGUCCUUGAUCACAUCGACCACGAAAUAAAUGUGGUGCGGCAGGGUGUCGAUUGCGGCGACGGUACCCGAAAACAAGUUCGAGUAGCGCUUCUAGCUGGCGCUGAUUUGAUCCACACCAUGUCAACGCCCGGAGUCUGGAGCGAUAAAGAUUUGGACCAUAUCUUAGGUCGCUACGGUGCUUUCAUCGUCGAACGAAGCGGCACUGAUAUCGAUGAAGCUUUGGCCGCAUUACAACCCUGGCGCGACAAUAUACACGUCAUCCAACAACUCAUCCAAAACGACGUAAGCAGCACCAAGAUCCGUCUGUUUUUGAGGCGUGAGAUGAGCGUUCGCUACUUGAUCCCCAUUCCUGUGAUUCGCUAUAUCGAGCAACACCGUCUUUAUGAGGAUGACGGUUCCGGUAGCACGACCUCGGUUGAUAAAGGGAAAGGCCAAGAAAAGACUGCAGUCUAG